UUGCACAAAUGUGCAUGUAACAGCUCAGACUGUGCUUGUAACAUGCGCUUAACAGAACAUCUGGGUGAGCACAGCUGUUUCCCGCCCAAUUUAAUUCGGACUUCAAAAUGGGAAAGCAUAAAUCAUCUCUUCAAGAUGAAAUCCUGGUGGGUUUUAUGAAAGACAACCCGGACUUGGCAAAAGGAUUUGUGAAGGGCGACCGAGUUGUUGUCGAUGCCAAGUGGGCAGAGCUUUGCGGCGCUCUCAAUGCUGUUGGGCCGCCAAUCAAGGACGCAUUGGGUUGGAAAAAGGUUUGGGCAGAUUGGAAAACAAACAUCCGCAAGAAGAUGGCGAAAAACAAAUCAGAAACUCGAGCUACAGGUGGAGAGCCCUUCGCUCAGCAAUCGCUUGGGGAAUUGGAGGAGGAAGUGGCCAAGCUAUGUGGCCUCUACGAAAUGGUGGAAGGAGUAGGUGGGCAGCGUAUGGACUUCCCCCCCGUACCACCAAGGAGUCCGACACUGGGGUUAAGUGCGUGAUGGAAGACCCCAUUGAGGAGGAACCCUCAGAGAAGGACGAACCCUCACAGAAGGACGAACCCUCAGAGAAGGAGGAGCCCAUGCCGAAGCGCCGUCGAACUAGACCAGCGCAGACCAUGGACCUCAACGAUCUCUGCGCUGCUCAGCUGGAUGAAAUGUCGGCAAUUUCCAAGAAAAUUUCGGAACAUUUCGAACGAAUGGAAUCGUUAGAGGAGAAGCUCGAGGUCCAAAAGGCGCUUGUAGACAAAUUUAGCCAAAUUUUGGACAAAUUUGCGAAAUAAUUAGUUUCCUAUUAGUUUUUUUGUGAAACUUAGCUUUAUUAGUUAUAAAGAAUAUCGAAUGACAUAAAGAAGAAAA